GCCCCCGCGCUGCGCGUGCGCACGCGGCCCUUCCGGAGCGGAGCAGGAUGGUGCUGCUGGAGAGCGAGCAGUUCCUGACGGAGCUUACCAGGCUCUUCCAAAAGUGCAGGACCUCCGGCAGCGUUUUCAUAACGCUGAAGAAAUAUGAUGGCCGAACAAAACCAGUUCCACGCAAAGGCCAUGUAGAAAGUUUCGAACCAGCAGACAAUAAGUGUCUCCUGAGAGCAACUGAUGGAAAGAAGAAAAUCAGCACAGUGGUGAGCUCAAAGGAAGUAAAUAAAUUCCAGAUGGCAUAUUCAAAUUUGCUAAGAGCUAACAUGGAUGGCUUGAAGAAGAAAGACAAGAAAAGCAAGGCCAAGAAGAGUAAAGCAACACAGUGAUGGAACAGUGUGCUAUGCUACCAUCACUAUAAUAGACUUGACCCUUGCUCAAAGCAAAGUCCAUUUCUUUUUGAGUUACUACUUGUCUUUGGCUUUCCUUCCAGCAGGAAACGGGGAUGUGAUCAGUACUUUUGUUUAAACUGAGAGCAGAGAUGCUUUCUUUGGGUUGCUGAAUGGCAGGAGUAUGUACAGCAUUCUACUGACACAGCUUUACACUCAGCUGGUUUGUACUUACACUGCUGCCGUGUUCUCUGCAGUGUAAAACCUGGCUGGAGGGUAGCACAGGGUGAAGAGACAUACACUGUACCAGAAGCAAAACAAGACUGGAGCAGGUGCCUCAGUGACAGAUGCCCAGUUUUAUAGAUGAGCCUCAGUAAUUCUAGGGAAAGCAGGUGCCAACAUAUUAUCAGGAACAGCUGCUUUCCUGUUUCUGUCUUAGAAUCUGAGGGCCACGUCUACAUGAUGCAGUGCAGAUAUCCCAAGGCAGCCAGCACAGUGCUCAAAGUUCUUGCAGAGCUUUCACUCCAUGCAGAUCCAGCUGUUCUGACCUGGGCAUGGGGUGGGGGGAGGUAGGACUCUGCAUCAUGUUCCCUUCAGACAUAACUUAAAAAUGGUCAUGUCACCUAAAUUUUUUUUUAAAAAAACAUCAUCCUUCAGUAUAUUCAGGGAUCUGAAUUUUCCUUCCUUCAUAUGAACAGAUGUAAAAAGUAAAUAUGUAAUUGCUCCUAUUAAACAUAAUGAGAAAUGGA